GUUGAGCAAUGCAUCGACAAGUCGAGUAUAAUUAUUGAAGCGUUUGAUUAUAGAAGAAGAAGAAGAAGAGAUCGAAAAUGCAGUCCAUGAAGGAAACCGCGGCCAACGCUGCAGCCUCUGCUAAGGCUGGCAUGGAGAAAUCCAAAGCAACCGUCCAAGAGAAGGUGGAGAAGAUGUCAGCACAUGAUCCAAUGCAGAAGGAAAUGGCAACCCAAAAGAAGGAACAGAGGAAGGCAGAGGCAGAAUUGAACAAACAGGAGGCGCGUGAGCAUAACGCUGCAGCAAAGCAGGUAGCCAAGGCUGGUGGCCAUGCAAACUACACAACAGGCACGCCUGGUGCUGCUUAUGGCACCGAACCUCAUGCCUAUUCCCACACCCAUUCGCCUGCAAGUGGGACGCCUGGUUAUCCCAUGGGGACCCAGCAAAUGUCGGCCAUGCCUGGACAAGGCACAGGGCAGCCCUACGGUGGGCAAGUGGAUCCCAUGGGUGUAGAGAGGACUCAUCCAACUGGGUUGCCUGGCGACACCACCGGCCACAACCCUCGUGCGUAGAUGGCAGUAGGGCACAGCUGUUGGUGGCAUUUAUGCAUGGGUCAUUUUGUUGUUUUAAUUACUUGUUCUUUUUUUCCUGUUUUUGGUUUGGCGUGCGCAAUGCCUGAAGUGAACGAACUGUGGCUGUAAUUUUUUUCACUUUCCCUUUUUUGUUCUAGCAGUCGAAUAAAAAAUCUUGUUUUCCUUUAA